AUGGUCAAUUGUGAUUGCUUACACAAUGGGAGCUGGAAUUUUACGGACUUAGUGGAGCAAAAUUUGACUGCUGCUGGAGUUGACUUGGUGAAUCUUCCAGUACCGUUAGGUGGAGAGGAUUACAAAGUUUGGAAACCUGAUUACAAAGGUUCCUUUUCUGUUCGUUCGGAAAAACAAUUAAUUCGCAGGAGGUACCCCAAUCUGGAAGGAACAAAUUUACUUUGGAGGGAUUCAGUUCAUCCUUCCUUAGCAGCUAGGAACUGGAAACUAUUGCGUGGUGCUUGUGCAACAUUGGAUAAUGUAAAGAGUAGAUUCAAAUACCAGGUGAUUAACAAAUGUUAUUUGUGUAACAGUGAAGAAGAAUCUUUGGAGCACAUUUUGUGGUCUUGUACUUAUGCUUCCAAAGCUUGGUUAUGGAUCUCUGAUGUGUUUGGUAUAUUACCGCAUCAAAAUGUUACUACUGUGUACAAGAUGGCUAAGGGGAAAAGUCGAAUGAUUAAGGACUUAUGGUUUCUAGCUAUUUUGAUGAUUUGCUCGAAGUUAUGGAUGUCUCAUAAUGGUUUUAUUUAUAAUAACCACAAAGUCAGUUGGCAUUUCUUUCAAAAAAAAGUUUUCAAUCAGAUUCAUGACUACUCGUGUCGGUUAAAAGGUUACAUGUUUAAUUGUCAAGAUGAUUUACAGGUUCUAUCCUACUUUAGAGUUCGUCAUAGGAAGGUGAAAAUUAACGAUCGGAAGGAGUGUUUUUGGGUUCCUCCCAGACAUAAUGAACUUAUGCUUUGUUAUGAUGGUGUGGCUAGAAGAAAUCUGGGUAGAGCUGGUGCUGGUGUUGUGGUUCGUGAUGAGAAUGCUAAUGUUUUGGGUGCAAUGAGUGUUGGUUUUGGUAUUCAAACCAAUUACUUGGCGGAACUUUUAUGUAUCAUAGUGGGUCUAGAAUGGGCAAUUAAGUUUGGCGUGGCCGAUAUUUGUAUACGUACAUAUUCUAUGGUUGCUGUUUUGGUUUACUCUGGCAAUAUUACUUCGAUUCCUUGGAUUCUUCGUUCGAGAUGGGUGGCGGUGAAGGCAAGAUGUAAUGAUAUUCGCUUUGUGCAUUCUUAUAGAGAGGCAGAUUUUGCUGCUGAUAAUAUGGCAAAAAGGGUUUGUUUACUGGAAGAUGGGGUGGGUUUGAGUUAUGAUAAUAGGCUUGAUUUCAUAAUUUCUAUUGAAUUACCAAAUGUAACUUAUUUUCGCUUUGAUUAG